AUGGUUCGCUCCGUCACCUUCGAGAUUCGGUGGCACGAUACCCAGCCCAUCUAUAGCUGUUCCUUCCAGCCCAUUCCCGUCAACCAUCUCAAGCGCGUGCUCGACCACAACAUGGGUCAAGCAGCUGGCAUGGCACCUGGAAAAGGCUUGUCAGAACUUGACCCCUCCGCUGCUGCUGCCAUGGUUUUCGCUUCGACCUCUUCAUCAGCACAAGCAUCAACAUCCACACCAGUUGCCUCCUCAUCGAAGCUCACUCAACCUCCCGUCAUGGCUGGAGGGCAGAGCUGGAGGCUCGCUACCGCUGGUGGAGACAAUAACGCGCGCAUCUGGAUGGUUCAUCCCAACAUCCCUUCGCCCGCAGCCAUGGCCAGCGCAGCAGCAGUCUCAGGCUCGACCGUGGUAGCCCCGCAUCCUCCUCGCGUCGAGUACCUCGCAACGCUCCAACGACAUUCAGGUGUCGUCAACGUUGUGCGCUUCUGUCCAAAGGGCGAGCUGUUAGCUACUGCCGGUGAUGAUGGCAACGUCCUGUUCUGGGUGCCUAGCGACCGCAGCAAGCCUGGCUUUGGCGACGUCACAACCAACCUCGAAGGCGAAAGUCAAUUUGAGAAGGAGUUCUGGCGAGUCAAGCUUAUGUGCCGUGCCACACAGCAGGAACUCUACGACAUGGCUUGGAGUCCCAACGGCGAGACGUUGGCUGUGGGAGGAACCGACUUCGUUGCGCGCAUCAUCAACGUCCAGGACGGCCACGUCAUUCGUGAGAUCUCGGAACACAAUCACUAUGUCCAAGGUAUCGCCUGGGAUCCUCUGAACGAGUUCAUCGCAACGCAGAGCAGCGACCGUACCGUGCAUGUCCACAACUUGCAGACAAGGCGACACGACCGCGAUCGCGACGGCAAUGCAAGCAGUAACACAGAUGGCACCUUCACUUCGAGCCAGCUCGUCAGCAGGAACGCUAAACUCGACUUGCACCGCAGAAACGGCAGCUCGGGUGGAUUUGUCUGGGACCAGCACUACUCCAAGCCCGCAUUGCCAAGACGCACCAGCAGCCACACUAGUCAAGCCAGCGAUGGUGAAGGAGCGCGCGAAAGCUUUGUUGCCAGUCUGAGGGGCAGGUCGAAGCGCAGCAGCACGCCCAUUGACCCCACUCACACCAGCGCUGCCAUAGCCAGAGCAAGCACACCAUCUGCUGCUAUGCCACCAGCAUCAGUCGCUUCCUCUGCUGCAGCCGCUGUCGCCGCGGCUACGGUUGCCCCUGCAGCUGGAUGUGCGGGGACACCCACGCCCGGUGCUUCGGUCCCGCCUAGCCCCUUCUCGACACAUAGCACAGCCGUCGCCACACAUGCCAUGAACCCACCGCAGACGACACCAAGCCGUCGCUCCAGUUUCAGCGGCAGCAACUUUGACGUUGGCUCACCACCCACCAGCACCACGUCACUGGCACCUGCUUCGACCCUCGCUGGCUCGCAGGCUGCCGCGAACAAGCCAGGGCCAGGUGCAAGUGCCAGCGAACACGGCCUUUCUGUCGCUGGAGGCGGUGCAGCUGCAAGCGAUGCUGGGCGCAGAGGUGGAAGUGUCAGCCGAUCCGCCUCUCGAACUCGCAGCAUCCGGUCUCCCUCGCCCAUUCCGCCCCUUCCUGCCAUUCGAGCUCCGCCUUCACCCAAGCAGCGCAUGCAAGCGGCCGCCGCAUCGGGUCUUGGCGGUCCCUUGGCGAGGGCAUCAAUGCGUUUGUAUGGUGACGAGAACUUCAGUGGCUUCUUCCGUCGCCUUUCUUUCAGUCCCGAUGGCGGCUUGCUCGUAACCCCAAGCGGUCUCUUUGAUCCUCCACCGCCACCCGCUUCUCCGACGGUCCACCUUUCCCCAAGGAAGAGUCCGGCGCUGCUCAGCACACCUGCUCAGCCCAGCACCAGCCCGCAAGUAGGCCCUGCCAACAAAAGUGCCGUCUAUCUGUACGCAAGAGGCAACCUGUCAAGGUCAAACGCUCCGAUUGCUGUUCUGCCCGGUUACAAGACAGCGACGUUGGUCGUACGCUUCUCUCCGAUCUUGUACGAACUUCGCAAGACGCUGCGAAGCAGUGGCUCGGCUGGAGCGGAUGAGGAUGAAGGAAUCGCACCGCAUCCCACUAUCCCGCUUGAAGCUGGUAAGCAGAAGACCGUCUCGCUCCGCACUGAGGGGGCCAACGCAGCAGGAGCCUCCUCGCCUGCCCCUGCGGCAGCUACUGUCGCGACCCCAUCGCCGUCACAGCCAGCUGAGAAGACAUCACCCCAGGUCCCACGCCAAGACGCCCGCUCACCACCGCGAGGCAUCAGCGUCAUCGGCUUGCCAUACCGAAUGGUGUAUGCCGUUGCUACACAGGACAGUGUCUGGAUCUACGACACGCAACAAACUGGUCCCAUCUGCUGUUUCAGCAACAUGCAUUACGCCAGCUUCACUGAUCUGACCUGGUCGCCUGAUGGUCAGUCUCUGAUGAUGUCUUCCACAGACGGUUACUGCUCUGUUGUCGUCUUUGACUAUGCCGAGCUCGGAAUUCCCUAUGCCUUCUCUGCCCAGCCAGCACUAAAGGCACCUGCACCCGGUGUACCAGCACAUGCACACAUCGCAGAGGGUAAGUCAACAGGCUCAGCACCCAACACGCCGAAGAUGGCUAGCCCAGCAACAUUGCCGCCGGUUCCUGCGCAUGCGACGAGCUCCGCAGCUGAAGCUUACGCCUCUGCGAUUGCCUCCGGUGCUCCUUCGACAUCGAGUACGUCGGCUCUGGGUCUCGCGUUGCCAAGCCAAUCAGCUAAAGCUGGAUCUCCACCUGCUGUAGCAGCAGCAACGAUGGAAGGCGAAGCACCAAAGAAGAAACGCAGAAUCGCACUCACUUUGGAACGUCCACUUGGUUCUUGA